AUGGAACUGAAAUUUAAAUAUUCUGGGAGAUCUAUUGCUGCCUUGGCAUUUCAAGCGGUAACAGAACAGAGUGAAGGAACUGCUCACUGGAUGUGGAUGAAAGAAUUAAAAUUGAGACCGAAUAUUGAACUCUUUUGGUGGAGGCUUUGUAAUGAUGCUAUUCCCUCUAAUGAUUUUCUUUUUAGAAGAAGAUUAAAUAAUUUCUCAAGAUGCCCGAGAGGAUGUAAAGAAGAAGAGAAUGGAUGCCAUAUUGCAGGGAAGUGCGAUAAGCUUCGAACGGUAAUUUCUAUUCUCAAUGGCUGGGGAUUCCAAGUUCCUUUUUUUGAUAAUAUUUCAGAAUGCUUGGAAGGUUUAAAGAAGCUUGUUGGAAAGAAAUCUUUAAUUGCUAAUAUGUAUUGUACAACUACUCGGCUAGUUUGGAAAAGCAGAUGCAAAUUAAUUCAUGAUGGCAUAGAAGACUCGGUUAAUUCUUUGGCUGCAAAUGCAGUUUCUACAUCUACUGUAUGUAACUUUAUUAACUCUUAUUCGGAUAACUGGGAUGUCAACCAGCGUAAGCUUUUUUGUUCUUGGCAUCCUCCUCCACCCGGCUGGAUUAAAAUAAAUGUAGAUGCCUCUCUUUUGAGGAAUAAUGUGGCUGGUUUUGGAGGUGUGGCAAGGGAUGAUAAAGGGAGAUUUCUGAUAGCUUUUGGAGCUAAACUUAUGCAUUGGGACAUUGCUCAAAUGGAAUUGAUGGCAGUUUUAUACUUGAAAAAUAUCAUUCGGGAUUGGAUGAUUGAAGCUCAAGGAGUUAUUAUUGAAGGGGAUAACUUCAAUAUUAUAAAAAUUCUGCGUUUGGUGAUGAAGACCUGGAAGGUUAGUAAAAUAAUUGAUGAUAAUUUAGCUUUCCUUCUAGAUUUCAACCAAGUUUUGUUCUCUUUUUCAAAUAGAGAUUGUAACAAAUUAGCGGAUGUUUGUGCUAAUUUGGCUUUAAAGAAAUCUUUUAUUUGGGAGGAUCUUAGCUUUGAGGAAAUUCCUCCUUCAUUCUUGUUUUGCUUGAAGGAGGAAUAUGAUCUUUAG